CUUCGUUCGGCCAGUCCAAGAAGAACGACAUGGCUUUCGCGAGUGGUAGUCAAACUUCGUCAAGAAGCAAGUCAACCGGGUCGCCCUCUUCUGUAGCAAGAACAACCCUAAAUUAUGACCCCCCAUUCUAUUGUUGGUGUGGGCUAAAAGCUCCGCUUUGUGUCGCACGUGAGAGUGGUAGGAAGUUUCUGGGUUGCCAAAAAUGGCUGGAUGGUGGAUGCAAGUACUUUGUAUGGUAUGAUGAAAUGAAGCUUAGCACUGAAGAACAGAAGACAAUUGACAGUCCAUUGAAGACUGUAAAAUUUGCAGAUAUGAAUGGGCACUUGCAGCACAUAAAGGACACCAUUUGUGAAGUUAGACAAGAAAGCCAAGGUAGCCACGCUGAGAUUGCUAGGGUGAAGAAUCUGUUGGAAAACCAUGUGAAAGAAGAACAAUUGAAG